AAGUUUGGAACCGGGAACGAGUGGACCCGGUGAGAGACCCGAGACUGGGAGCAGCUCCCCGGGUAAAGGCUGCAACAGUGGCCGGUGUUUUGAAUCCUUCCGAUGGUGGAGGUGAAGAUUCGGGCGGAGAUUCCGUGAGAUGUUUCAGCCACACAGGGUGUGCCCGGUCUUUCCCCGCCGUGGAUCGGGGCCUGUUGUCCGGAGUUUCCUCCCGGUCCUGUCUCCUGCUGCUGGGAUACGGGAGCUGGCCCGCAGCGGCUGCCGAUGGAGCUCCGGAGUGUGAGCGCUCCCCUGUGCAAAAGGACAGGCUGAAGGUCAAGGGAGAACCAGGCGCAAAGAUGCUGCCUGAGGUGCUGAGUUCCUGCAGCGUUUUGUGUGAGUCGCUUUGGAUUUCCAGCAUUUGCAGACUUUCUUCUGUUUGUUCCAGAAAUCGCCGUCCGUGACCAGACGAUCACAUGCGCAUGCGUAAGGGUCGCAGGGGUUUCGCGCGUGCGCACGGUGGACAAAAGGCUCGGUGACUCGGCGGCAGGUUAGAAAUGACAAAAAUUGUGUACGGGAAUUUUAAACAGAACAACAUGUCAGUUUGCUGUCUCUGCCCAGAUAUUUAAGGAGUUACUAGAUAUUUAACAAUGUACCACUGUUGAUCCUUGGAGAUGAAGAAUUUUGUCAUCACAGCUGGAAAAGUGCUUUGUGUCUGAAAUGAAGUUUUCUGUUGUAACUCACUGAAAUCCACUGGAACCGGGAAGCUGAGAACACACCAGCAUUUGUUCACUGGAGAUCAGUUCUUCAACUACAUUGAUUGUGCAAGGGGUUUACUACAUCUGAUAUUUGAUUUGUGAAUUGACAAAGAACUGUGGGAAGGGAUUCACUCUUCACUCACUCAUCUCACCUGCAUGCACAACAGCGAGUUCACACUGAUAAGAUGUCUUUCACCUGCGCUGAUUGUGGGAAGGGAUUCACUCGGUCAUCCUGCCUUCUGACACACCAGCGAGUUCACACUGGUGAGAAGCCGUUCACCUGCUCAGACUGUGGGAAGGGAUUCACUCAGUCAUCGCAACUGCGGAGACACCAGUCACUUCACACUGGGGAGAAGCCAUUCGCCUGCUCAGACUGUGGGAAGGGAUUCACUUGGUCAUCUGAACUGAAGAUACAUCAGCGAACUCACACUGGGGAGAGGCCAUUCACCUGUUCAGACUGUGGGAAAGGGUUUAUUCGGUCAUCUCAACUGAAGGUACAUCAGCGAACUCACACUGGGGAGAGACCGUUCACCUGCUCAGUCUGUGGGAAAGGAUUCACUCAGUCUUCUGUACUGAAGGAACAUCAGCGAAUUCACACCGCAGAGAGGCCAUUCACCUGCUCAGACUGUGGGAAAGGAUUCACUCAUUCAUCUGUACUGAAGGUGCAUCAGAGAAUUCACACUGGGGAGAGGCCGUUCACCUGCUCAGACUGUGGGAAGAAAUUCACUGACUCAUCCAGGCUACAGGCUCACCAGCGAGUUCAUACUGGAGAGAGGCCGUUCACCUGUUCAGACUGUGGGAAGGCAUUUACUCGGUCAUCUCAAGUGAUGGUACAUCAGCGGAUUCACACUGGGGAGAGGCCAUUUUCCUGCUCUGAAUGUGGGAAGAGAUUUAUUCAUUUAUCUGACCUGCAGGUGCACCAGCGAGUCCACACUGGAGAGAGGCCGUUCACCUGCUCAGACUGUGGGAAGGCAUUUACUCGGUCAGUUGAACUGAAGACACAUCAGCGAAUUCACACUGGGGAGAGGCUGUUCAUCUGCUCAGACUGUGGGAAAGGGUUUAUUCGGUCAUAUCAACUGAAGGUGCAUCAACGAGUCCACACUGGGGAGAGACCGUUCACCUGCUCAGACUGUGGAAGGGGAUUUAUUCAGUCAUCUCAACUGAUGAUACAUCAGCGUAUUCACACUGGGGAGAGACCGUACGCCUGUUCUGAUUGUGGAAAGAGAUUCAGUCAGUCAUCCGACUUACAGACACACCGACGAGUCCACACUGGAGAGAGGCCAUUUUCCUGCUCCCAAUGUGGGAAGAGAUUCUCUCAGUCAUCCCACCUUGUGACGCACUACCGAGUUCACACUGGGGAAACUGUUUAAACAGGAGACAGGCUACA